ACUUUCGAUACUAUAUUACGUCCAAUUUGGCGCGUUUUUACGAAAGAAAGUUGGCAGCACUACAUUGCGUCAACUGUCACAUUCAGACAUUAAUAUCUCUGGUCACAGUGCUCAUUAUUUAUUUUCAUUAUUGUAAAAUUCAUUGAUAAAAGAAACAUGAGCGGCCAGGGUAUUUCGCGACAGGAAAUCGAGGCUUUGUGCCAGAUCCCGGAUCCUUCUACCAAGGAUUUCCUAUUUCAACAAACAAUGUACCGUAUAAAAGAUCCACGUAAAUCAAUUCCGUUCUACACUGGAGUGCUAGGGAUGACGUUACUCAACCAAUACCACUUUCCGGAGAUGAAGUUCUCGUUGUUCUUCAUGGGGUACGAGAAUCCGGCUGAUAUCCCGAAGGAUGAUGUCGCUAGAAGGGCUUGGGCUAUGACUAGGAAGGCAACAGUAGAAUUGACUUACAACUGGGGCACGGAGAGUGAUGACUCGACUUACCACAACGGCAACUCCGACCCGAGGGGCUUCGGCCAUAUUGGUAUUCUGGUGCCUGAUGUAGACGCGGCUUGCGCCAGGUUUGAACAAUUAGGCGUACAGUUCAUUAAGAAGCCCCAAGAUGGCAAAAUGAAGGGUUUGGCCUUUAUUCAGGACCCAGACGGCUACUGGAUUGAGAUAUUCAAUGAGAAAGUGGUCUCUUAAACAGGUAGGGUGAAAGUGACAAUGAUCGUAUUUUUAAUUUAAUUUAACUUUUAAUAUUUUUUUGUAUCAAUUUUAUUAAAGUUUUUCUCUUUGAAAGAAAUAUAUGAUAGUUGUCUCAAAUGUAGGGUGAAAGUGCCAAUGAUCGUAUAUUAUAUUUUUAUAUGACUUUUGGAUUUGAGAAAAUCAACGAGAUAGUUAUAUAUCUUAACGAGGUAAGAUAAAGCCAAUACCUAAUGACUGUAUGUUAUAUUCUAGCCAGCAAGAAAUGUCAUUUUUAUUUCUAUUCAUUAAAUGGUCUUAAGUUCAACUCUUGUUGUAAGUUCAACUUAAGUUGUCUUAAGUUCAACAUGUUUUUUGUUUAAAAAAAUAUUAAAAUCGAUAUGCAAUAAUUAUUUUAACAAUCUUAGGAUGAAGUUAACAUGUUUAAAAAAAGUUUAAUGUAUGGAUAGGUGUUAACCGUUUAUGAAUGAUCAAAAAUUGUACAGAAGAUUAGAUUGUAUAAAAAAGAAUUUAUUUAGAAGCCCAUGGGAAUUCCAAUUCGAUUGAAAUGAGAUUUUACGCGUAUGAGAACUCAUGUUGAAGGUAAAGCAAGUUUAAAUUUGAUUUUAAUUCGUAUUUUCGGCAGUCCGAAUUAAAUAUAUGAUCAAUAAUAGGCACGUUUACCCUAUUUCAAAGUCGAUUAAGUUUGAAAAUAAUAAUAAAAAUGAUUUACUAUUUUUAUAAUGUUUCUCUAAAAUGUGAGUGUAGGCUGUUCUUAUUUAAAUUGUUAUAUUUUUUUGUUUGUUACUUUAUAUUGAAAUAAGUUUUUUUUAGUUAAUGAUAAUAUGUUUAGACAAAAAUGUAAACAUGAAUAACCAUGAAAAUAAUAAGGUGUAUAAUAAUCUACAUUGUCAUAAUCUUUAUUUGCUCAAAACUAUUUUUUAUAUUAUUUCAAUAAAACAUUUAGGUAUGUAUUGUAAACGUAAUGCAAAAGUUAUGAAAGUUUAAUUUUAUAAAAUGAUUUUUAUUAAAUAUUUGAGUCAAUAAUUAAAUUCAAUAUGAGUAGGUACCUACAGUGUACCUUACAUUUCGUUUAUCAUAUCAUUAUCUGAUGUUAUUCAUAAUAUAAUUAUUAAUAAAAUAUUAUUUGAUUAAUCAAAUAAAGAGUAAAACCUGUUUCUUUUUUUAUAAUAAAUAAUAUUUAAGCAUAAUAUAAUAUAUGUCAAUUGGACCAAUAUCAAGUUAUGUGCAAUCAUUAUACAAAUGUAUUUUGUAGAUGUUAAUGUAUAAUUAAAAUGUUAAAGUUAUA